UUCAGCGGGGCACAGGAUUGCAGUUGGCUCAAAGAUUCUAACUCCAGCGUGAAUCCAUGAGUUGCUCCUUGUCAGUUUAGCAUGAUUCUGUAAUCAUGUAGUUGGCUCCAUGGCUCUGAAGGUUGCAUCCUGCAUAUGGUUUUCAAGACUGCGCCUGUUGUCGAGCAGGCUAACAUACUGCUCUUUCUCAGAUGUGCCUGCUUCUCGUGAUUCUGGGGGUACAGCGGGGUCCACUGAGUUCGAAUCUGCAAUCCGGUCGCUCAAGAACAAUCUCCAGCCAGAGAUACUGACCCGCUUUCUUGAUUCUACUUCAGAUUUGAACUUGUCCCUUCGGAUAUUUAAAUGGGCAUCGAGUCAGAGGAUGUUUGCUCAUACGGUUGACACAUAUGCCUGCAUGAUCUCCAAGCUCGGUGGUGUUGGGAAUUGUGAUGAGAUGGACAGCCUCCUAAAGGAGAUGGUUAAAUUGAAUGCUCCUGUAUUGGACAAAAUCUUGAACGAUCUAGUUCAGUUCCUGAGCAAUAAGAACCGGUUCGAUGAAGCCUUGCUGGUGAUUCAGAAUGCUUGCUCUGGGAAGCUCAAGAUGUCAGUGUCAUCUUGCAAUGCUGUGCUAUGUGGUUUGGUCAAGGAAGGGAGGGGUUUGCGGCCAUUCAUCCGCGCGUACAUGGAGAUUGUGAAGGCGGGAGUCCUUCCUGAUGUGGAAACCUUGAAUUGGUUAAUUGAGGCAUUGUGUGAAGCUGGCAAAUUAGAUCUGGCACUGAUUCAGUUUGACAGGAUGAGCAAGAAAAGGUGUACUCCUAAUAGCCAUACUUUCAAGAUACUCAUAAAAGCACUUUGUUCUCAUGGCAGAUCAGGUGAAUCAAUAGAACUCUUUGAGAAGAUGGUGCAGCUGAGAUGCAUCCCUGAUGGCUGCUUUUAUGUUCAAGUGCUGCCCCUAUUCUGUAAAUUCAAUAAACCCAAGGAGGCAAGUAAAUUGCACCAAAUGAUGAAACAAGAUAGCCUUCAGUUGGACCCACAUUUGUAUAGUGCCUUGAUAAAAUGUUUGUGUGAAAACCAACUAUUGGAUGAUGCCGUCACAACAUUUAAAGAAAUGACAGCGUCAGGUCAAGCACCAUUGACAGAUACGUAUGUGAAUGUUGUAGAUUGCUACUGUACAUUAUCCCAGUUCCACAAAGCUGUGAGUUUUCUCGAGGAAAAUGAUGUCGCAGAAACAGAGCCAUAUAAUGUACUGUUGAGAGGGUUAUGUGUAACAGGUUCUCUGAGAGAUUUAGUGAGCUAUUUUGAGAAAUUUCGUACAAGGGGGCUGGUUGAUCGUCGCUCAUGGAACAUAGUUAUCGCUCAGUUCUGCAAUGAAGGGAACAUUAGAAGAGCAUUGGAGCUUAUUGGUAGAAUGACAGUUUCUUCUUUUACAGCUGACGAGAGUACUUAUUCUUCUGCUGUAUCUUGUUACUGUCGGUUAGGGUUUUACAGAACAGCCCUCGAUCUGUUCAGAAGGGCCAGUGUUAGCAAUCUGGUACUUAAUUCAGAAUCUUUCUCGCAGCUGAUAGAAGGCUUGUGCCACAUGGAGCGGAUCCAAGAAGCUGCCGAAGUUUUUAAAUAUCACUGCAAAAGAGGUUGCAGCCUUACCAGCAAGGCACUUGAUAUACUAAUCGAAGGGAGUUGUAUGGCUGGAAUGAUACGUGACGCAAUCAGAAUGCGUUCACUAGCUGUUUGCACUGGCACUUCUUGCACAUUGUCAACUUAUAACACAAUUAUCCAUGCACUACUGCAUUUGAAGAAGGAAAAGGAUCUGUUGCUUCUCCUUGCACAGAUGCUGAUGGAAGGUUGUCUAUUGGACAGCUACACAUACAAUGUUCUUGUGCGUUGUUUCCUCACCAAGGAGACAAUUCUUGAGGCUGCUCUGUUAUUCAACAAAAUGGUGAAUAAUGGCUUUGUUCCUGACCAAGAGACGUUUGAACUACUAGUCUGUGAUAUGGCUGUGUUUUCGUUACUAAGCAGGGUUUCAGAAAGUUUACUGAAAGUGGUAAGUAUAGAUGGAAUGGCGAGCCCUAGAAUUUCUAACAUUAUCAUUUAUGGCCUUAUCAAAGAAGGCUUCAAGAGUGAGGCGUGUAAGUUUCUGGAUCAAAUGCUAGACAAGGGAUGGGUACCUGAUUCGAAGACACAUCGUGUGUUAGUUGGCACCAUUGAUGGAGAGGAGGCUAGAGAAGUCGACAAUGCCUUCCAAACAGCUGAUGAUGACACUGUGAGCAACAUACUGUUAGAGGGGCUAGAAUGAGAGUCUGGAACCAAAAACUAUUUCUCCAUAUUAUGUGCAGUAUAACAGGCAAGGGAGAGCCUUCUCAAGUUUUCAGGCGGUUACAAAUAUGUGUUGAGAUUAAAUGUUGGAUGCUCAAUUAGCUUCAGCUCCGACACCAAGGUUGUUGAAACUAGGAAGAUGGGCAGCUCGCGAGAUGCGGAUGAACAAGUGGCAACCAUCCUCAUCCGCUCUCUUGCAGCAAACACAAAGAGUCUCACACUGAGUGCCCUUUCGCCUGAUGCUCAUCUUGAAUGGCAGACUAUUACGAGCCAUUCUCCACAUGAGUUGCUGUACCUUUGGCUGACAAUGUACCUCCCAUAUUUUCUUCCAUUCGACCUCUGGCUGUCUUGGUUCAGACGUGGCUGGCGACUUCACAUUAUCUCUGUCGUCAAUGACAUAAACCUGGUACGCCGAUUUCAGAGAGAAACGGCCUUUACCAUCAUAAUGCCAAGUUGGGUAAUCCUCAAAUUCUUCCCUGAUGGGCAUGGCCAAGAUAAUUUUUGCAUCAACCUCCCUGGUACGUCGCCUUCCUCCUGCUACUGAACAGUGCGUUCAAGGCGGUUAUCGGGCCGGUGUGGACCUGCACAUUUUGGAAGGCUAUGUGGCGCACUGUCGUUAAAGGAUGGCGUCUCAAGCAGCAGUAUCCAUUCGCCCGUGGCAGUAAAUUACGUGGCGGCUGGUGUUUUCUUCGUACUCUCGGUCAUGACCGUACUAGCCACGACAGAUGCGAGCCAUCAUCCUGGGGCACUUGCGCCUGCGCCUUCGUCUGGCCUCUCCUAGGAGCAGCAUCCAAAUUGGAACUACUCUGAGGUGCUAAGAUAAGACUAUUGUACAUGCUCUAAAAUACUCCCUCCAUUUCUAAGUAUAAAUCUUUUAAGAGAUUUCACUAGGGGUCUAUAAACAAAGUAAAAUGAGUAAAUCUACACUCUAAAAUAUGUCUAUAUACAUCCUUGUCAAAGUCUUGUCAGAUGUAAUUCAGCUUUAGAAGCAAACCAGAGCACUCCUGCACGACAACCUCAACGAAAUUCCCCCUUC